CAAGAUGACGCUCAAGACGGUGACCAUCGGCUACCCCCGCAUCGGGCCAAACCGCGAGAUGAAGAAGGCUCUCGAGGACUACUGGGGCAAGAAAAUCAAACAAGACGACCUGGUCAGUCAGACCAGCAACAUACUACCUGCUGGUGCUCACACACAUUCCUGCCGUCCCGUUUGGUGAUGCCUUUUGUGUGCAGGUCGCUGCGUCCGACAAGAUUUUCGAGAACAACCUGGAUGAGCAGGUCAAGGCGGGCAUCGACAUCAUCGGCGUGGGCCACCACACCAUGUACGACCCCAUGGCCGACUGGACCCUCCGCUUCGGACUCCUGGCGCCCCGCUUCCAGCCGCUUGUCGGCACCAUGAGCCGCCUGGACCUCUUCUUCUCCAUGGCCCGCGGUGUGGGCGACGUGACGGCCCUCGACAUGACCAAGUGGUACGACACCAACUACCACAACCUGGUGCCCGAGAUCGACCCCAGCACCACGCCCAAGAAGGACUGGGCCGACUACAUCGAGAUGAUCAAGAAGGCCGUCGCCAAGAUCGGCGGCGACAAAGUGGGCGCCGAGAUCAUCGGUCCCAUCACUGUGGUCGACAAGGCCUCGCUCAAGGGCGUGACCCUCGACCAGGUGGUGGACAAGCUCAUCCCCCUGUACAUCGACCUGCUCAAGGAGCUCAAGGCGCUCGGCGUGGCCGAGGUGCAGAUCAACGAGCCCGCCCUCAUCCUCGACAAGGCCAAGGACCUCCGCUCCACCUACGAGCGCGUCUUCACCCAGCUGGCCACCGUCGGUGUGCCCAUCAACCUGAUCACCUUCUACGACGACAUCGGCGAGGCGUACCCCUGGGCCGUCAAGCUCCCCGGCGUCACGGCCGUGUCGCUCGACUUCACCCGCGGCGACACGAUGAGCCUGCUCAAGAAGCACGGCUUCCCGCAGGGCCGGCGGCUGGGCGCCGGUGUGGUGGACGGCCGGUCGGUGUGGAAGGACGUGUCCCUGGCGUCCAAGAUGCUCAAGGAGAUCAAGGACACUGUGGGCCCCAACGUGGAGGUGUCGGUGCAGCCGUCGUCCUCCCUGCAGCACGUGCCCUAUGACGUGGAGAAUGAGACCAAGGUGGACGCGUCGCUCAAGGCCAGGCUCUCCUUCGCCCGUCAGAAGCUCCAGGACGUCAAGGCCGUCGCCACUGCCGCACCCGGCACUGCCAAGGGCGGCGUUGAGUUCGCCGUGCAGGACGCCGAUGUCAAGGAGCCGCCCGCUGACAUGAUCAACAGGAGCAAGCCCUUCACCGAGCGUCGUUCUUUGCAGGUGGGAGAUAGGAUAGGCCACGGGAGGGAAGGCAGACCGCCAUGUGUGUUGAUGUGUGCCUGUCUGUGUGUGUGUGUUGUGGUCUACUGGUACAGAUGGCGACGUUGGGCAACGUGAAGCUGCCGACGAGCACGAUAGGUUCGUUCCCUCAGACGCCGGCCAUGCGCAAGAUCCGUCUCAAGUACCGCAAGGGCGAGGUGUCGAGCGAGGAGUACCAGAGGGCCGUCGACCAGUACAUCGCCUACUGCAUCGGAGUCCAGGUACACACACACACACACUCACACUCCCACUGCCGAAGCCAAUCGCGAUACAUGUGUGUCGGCUGUCUGCCUGUGCGUUUGUGUGUGCUGUCUGUCAGGAGGGUCUCGGUCUGGAUGUGUUGGUGCACGGCGAGCCCGAGCGAUCGGAUAUGGUUGAGUACUUUGGCGAGCGCAUGGACGGCUUCCUCUUCACUCAACUCGGGUAGGCAGGGAGCUGACACAUACAAGAGGCACAAGGAGCACACAGGGACGGUAUGGUAUGUCUUUCUGUCUGUGUGGCCUGCCUUAUCUGUCUGCAGAUGGGUGCAGUCGUACGGUUCCCGCUACGUCCGCCCGCCCAUCAUUCACGGCGAUGUUGCCCGCACGGGCAACCAGCCCAUGACCGUCAGGGAGUUCAUCGUAAGCCCACCCUCACCCUCACCCACACACCACACAUACACCACACCACACACCAACCAAAAUGGCUGGCAAGUAGCCCUCCCUGUUGGCUCAUCGCUGUUGUCUGUCUGUCUGCAGGUGGCCCAGGACUGCACGACCAAGCCCGUCAAAGGCAUGCUGACGGGCCCAGUGACCAUUUUGAACUGGUCAUUCCCCCGCAAGGACAUCGCCCGCAAGGAGCAGGCCUUCCAGAUCGGAUACGCACUCAGAGACGAAGUCGCCGACCUCGAGGCCGCCGGUGGGCAGCAAGAGAAGCCGCGCCGGUGUUGAUGCACCUGUGUAUGCAUGUGGCCGUGUCUGUGUGUGUGUUUGAUGUGAUGCAUCAGGUUGCUGCGUGAUCCAGGUGGAUGAGCCUGCCCUGCGCGAGGGUCUGCCCAUCAAGCCUGCCCGCUGGGCGGCCUACCUGGACUGGGCUGUCAAGGCCUUCCGCCUGUCGACCACCGUGUGCAAGCCCGAGCUCCACGUGGUGACCCAUUUCUGCUACUCGGAGUUCGAGGACGUCAUGCAGGCCAUCAAGGACCUCGACGCCGACCAAAUCACCAUCGAAAACUCGCGAUCCGACGACGCCGUCCUGAAGGUGAGCCAGCGAGACAGACCCUCCCUCCCUCACCAGUGCUUGCACCGCACCCGUGUGUGUGUACUAUCUUGUGUUGUGUUGUGUGUGUCCCUCCCUCUCCCUCCCCUCUCGUCUCGUCAGUACCUGGUGGAGCAGGGUUACGACCACGACGUGGCGCCGGGUAUUUACGACGUGCACUCGCCUGUGAUCCCGCCGACCGACAAGCUGAUGGAGCGGGUGGAGAUGAUCAAGAAGAGCGGCCUCGAGUUCGACCGCAUCUGGAUCGUCCCCGACUGCGGCCUCAAGACACGCAAGUGGGACGAGGUCAUCGAAUCGCUCCGAAACCUCGUCACCGCCACCAAGAGCAUCAGGGGCUAGACAGACAGACACACAGACCGAUGGAUGGAUGAGUGAGUGGAUGGAUGGAUGGAUGGGCGAUUGGCGAUUUUGAUAUGGAGAGAGACGGGUGUGUUCGUUUG